CCAGACGCUUCAAAGGGGGAAACUUCGGCUUGAAGUGCUGCUCGGCUCCGGCUCUCUCCAGCUCUUUCCUCCCGGGAACCCGAGGCACAGAUCGUCCUCGCACCGGUGCCCAGGCUUCUCCCGGAGGGUGCCCGAGCUCUGCUGGGCGCCGGCGCGAACUGCCCGCCUGCCGGGUAAUGGGGAUCUGCGUGGUACCGUAGGUGGGGCGAGGCGGCGCGGAGGGUGGCAUCGCCCCGGGACUCCGCGGUGGGCGCGCGGGCGGGUCCCGGCGCCGGCUCGGCCGCUGCAGCUGCUGCGAGCGCAACCCGCUGCCCAGCCUUCCGCAGCUAUGGCUCGCUGGUGAGAUUCCAGGCGGACUUUCCGUGCUGAGCUUCCCCAUCCUUUCUGGCCUCGCUGCUGUCCUGGGUGAAAAUGGCUGUCUAGACUGAAAUGUGCCGGCGGGGAGCAAGCCCAGGCUAUCCAGCCUAAGCCCGGCUCCUAUGCUCCGAGGUCUGGGGACGAGCCCGGCUCUGAAAAGUGCAGGCAUGAAUUCUGGAGUUGCGGUGAAAUAUGGAAACGACUCCUCAGCCGAGCUGAGUGAGCUCCACUUGGCAGCCCUGGCAUCACUCAAGGGGGACAUAGUAGAGCUGAAUAAGCGUCUGCAGCAAACAGAGCGGGAACGAGACCUCCUGGAAAAGAAGUUGGCCAAGGCACAGUGUGAGCAGUCACACCUCAUGAGAGAGCAUGAAGACGUCCAGGAACGCACGACCCUCCGCUAUGAGGAGCGCAUCACAGAACUCCACAGCAUCAUUGCAGAACUCAACAAGAAGAUAGACCGCUUGCAAGGUACCACCAUCAGGGAGGAAGAUGAGUACUCAGAACUUCGGUCGGAGCUCAGCCAGAGUCAACAAGAGGUCAACGAAGACUCCAGAAGUGUGGACCAAGACCAAACCUCUGUGUCCAUCCCUGAGAACCAGUCUACUAUGGUCACUGCUGAUAUGGACAACUGCAGUGACUUGAACUCAGAACUGCAGAGGGUGCUGACGGGUCUGGAGAGUGUUGUUUGCGGCAGAAAGAAGAGCAGCUGUAGCCUUUCUGUGGCCGAGGUGGACAGACACAUUGAGCAGCUCACAACUGCCAGCGAGCACUGUGACUUGGCCAUUAAGACAGUUGAGGAGAUCGAGGGAGUUCUUGGUCGGGAUCUGUAUCCCAGCCUGGCUGAGGAGCGGUCCCGGUGGGAGAAAGAGCUGGCUGGAUUGCGGGAAGAGAAUGAAAGCCUGACCGCCAUGCUGUGCAGCAAAGAGGAAGAGCUGAACCGGACCAAGGCCACUAUGAACGCCAUCCGAGAGGAGCGGGACAGGCUUCGGAGGCGGGUCCGAGAGCUUCAAACUCGGCUGCAGAGUGUGCAGGCGACUGGACCUUCUAGCCCGGGUCGCCUCACCCCUGCCAAUCGCCCAAUUAACCCCAGCACUGGAGAGCUAAGCACCAGCAGUAGCAGCAAUGACAUCCCCAUCGCUAAGAUUGCUGAAAGAGUGAAACUAUCAAAGACAAGAUCAGAAUCCUCGUCGUCUGAUAGGCCAGUCCUGGGCUCAGAAAUCAGUAGCAUUGGGGUUUCCAGCAGUGUGGCAGAACACCUGGCCCACUCCCUCCAGGACUGUUCUAAUAUCCAGGAAAUUUUCCAAACCCUCUAUUCACAUGGAUCUGCCAUCUCUGAAAGCAAGAUUAGAGAGUUUGAGGUGGAAACGGAACGAUUAAAUAGUCGUAUUGAACACCUCAAAUCCCAAAAUGAUCUUCUCACCAUAACCUUGGAGGAAUGUAAAAGCAACGCCGAGAGGAUGAGCAUGCUGGUGGGGAAGUAUGAAUCCAAUGCUACAGCCCUGAGGCUGGCCUUGCAGUACAGUGAACAGUGCAUAGAAGCCUAUGAACUCCUGCUGGCCCUGGCCGAGAGUGAGCAGAGCCUCAUCCUGGGGCAAUUCCGGGCAGCUGGUGUGGGCUCCUCCCCCGGAGACCAAUCAGGGGAUGAGAAUAUCACUCAGAUGCUCAAGCGGGCUCACGACUGCCGGAAGACUGCUGAGAACGCCGCCAAAGCCCUGCUCAUGAAACUGGACGGCAGCUGCGGGGGAGCCUUCGCAGUGGCUGGCUGCAGCGUGCAACCCUGGGAGAGCCUGUCCUCCAACAGUCAUACCAGCACAACCAGCUCUACAGCCAGCAGCUGUGACACAGAGUUCACUAAAGAAGACGAGCAAAGGCUGAAGGAUUACAUCCAGCAGCUCAAGAAUGACAGAGCUGCAGUCAAGCUGACCAUGUUGGAGCUGGAAAGCAUCCACAUCGACCCACUCAGCUAUGAUGUCAAGCCAAGAGGCGACAGCCAGAGGCUGGACCUGGAGAAUGCGGUGCUGAUGCAGGAGCUGAUGGCCAUGAAGGAGGAGAUGGCUGAGCUGAAGGCCCAGCUCUAUCUUCUGGAGAAAGAGAAGAAAGCCCUGGAGCUGAAGCUGAGCACGAGGGAAGCGCAGGAGCAGGCCUAUCUGGUACACAUUGAGCACCUCAAGUCCGAAGUGGAGGAACAGAAGGAGCAGAGGAUGCGGUCUCUGAGCUCCACCAGCAGCAGCGGCAAGGAGAAGCCUGGCAAGGAGUGUGCUGAUGCUGCCUCUCCAGCUUUGUCACUGGCUGAACUAAGGACGAACAGCGACAGUGAGCUGGCCACCGAGUUUGCCAAUGCCAUCCGACGGGAAAAGAAGCUGAAGGCCAGAGUCCAAGAGCUGGUCAGCGCUUUGGAAAGACUGACCAAAAGCAGUGAAAUCAGACACCAGCAGUCAGCAGAGUUUGUUAAUGACCUGAAACGGGCCAACAGCAAUCUGGUGGCUGCCUACGAAAAAGCAAAGAAAAAGCAUCAAAACAAGCUGAAGAAGCUGGAAUCUCAGAUGAUGGCCAUGGUGGAGCGACACGAGACCCAAGUGAGAAUGCUCAAGCAAAGAAUAGCACUGCUGGAGGAGGAGAAUUCCAGGCCACACACCAACGAAACUUCACUCUAAAAGGCCGUCUGGCACCAAGUUCUGCCCCCAAGGGGCUAACCUCGAGCUGUUCCAGAGUCCUCGGAGGAGGAAGGGCCCAAGGAAGGAGAGAUGGUUGGAACUGCGGAAAGGUUGCAUAUAGGUCACAGGCUCCACCCCUGGGGGUGUGUGGUCAGAAUGGCACUGUGGAUUUUGUAUGUACAAGCUCCAGCUGCUCUAGGCCUGGCCACAAAGGGUGUCUACAGUGGCUCCAGCCACAAAAUUAGCCACAUCUUGGUUCAGCUUUCACCAUUCCCGUUCUCAGUUGUUCUGUGCAGCAGUGGGAAUCCAGGCAUUUGCAGAUUUCCAACUCCCCACCACAACCACCCGUUUUUUUUUUUUUCCCCAUAGGCUGUGGACUUUUCUUUUGACACCUAGACUUCUUCCUUCCUCUCCCAAGGGAAAGGUGACAAGUGUCUCCAGCAUCUAGGGAUGGCAGCUUACUGCAGCAAGGCUCUGCUUUUCAGGUCGCACGGUACCAGAUUCUUGAAAUACGGUCGUGAAGAGGUAUUAGCUGGGAGAUCCGGACCAGAGGAUGCACAAAGUAUUGUCACUGAGCGUCCCAGACACAGCGCAGUUUCAAAUAGAGCAACACCAGGGCUGUGUGUAGACAGUUCUGCUCUCCAUGAAUAAAAGCAUCUUCCAGUUUUAUUUUAGAGGCAGGGCUCAGAUUCCCUUCCAGCAAGAGUAAAAUUUAGAAUACUCUUGAUUUAUGUAGAGGAGCCAAGAUUUUACCAGGGGUUUCUUCCAGAACAGGAAAACAAAAACAGUAUUAGCUCUCACCCAGCUCAGGGCAGUACAUAGCUCCUAUUCUGAAUCAAAACCAAAGCCACUUGAGCACCUAUGGGCCCUGCCUCCCUAAAACACUGUUGAACACCAAGGGGACUCUUAGUGUUGUACAAAAUUGUUCCCACCUAUUUAACAGAGUGUUACUGAACCUUUAUUCUCUGACGGGGUGAAGGAAUGGCUGAUAGGCAUCCUAAGCUAACUGGUGACUGGGAGGCAGGUUCAAAGUACCUCAACUCUGGAAGGUCUCCCGGAUCUAUUUAGUUCCUAUUGUAGCCUUCUGCUGUUCAUGGAUACAAUUAAAAAGCAGCUUGGCUUUUUAGCCUUUUCCCCCUCCUGUAGCUCCCAAUGAUCUAAUCAUCUGCUAUGAGAAAUGGGUCCAACCGCUGUGGUUAUCUCGGUGAAAGACGAUGCAUAUAUGACCAUGUUGUUGCUGCAGACUCCUGGCUAUGAGGUGGGUACGCUUUCAGAAAGCAAGCACGAGUUCCUCUGCCUUCUGUGCAAAAGGGAAAGAUACUCUGGCCUUCUACAACAGACAGACCCCGAAGCUCAACAGCUCUUCCUUCUCAGACCAGUGACAAGUCCUUCACCCAGCACAGAGUAACAUAAAUGUGACUGGUUUGAGCCAAGGCCUGGCUUGUGAGUGUUGAUGGCUUUCUAGCCUUUUGUCAACAUCUGUGAUAUUUUCUCACUGCUCACUUUUUGGGGUAAAGCUGUAUUUUGUGAUGCAAAAAACGUGUAGGUAGAAACAUCUAUUGCUUCCCUAUCACCCCAAGAAUUUAAUAGGUGAAAUUAACAGUCCAGGUAAGGGAUGCUUGGUAGGCUUCCCAUUCUGACCAUCCAGAUGCUGUGAUGGACAGCAGGUGAUACUCUAAGUGACUGAGAGCAGAAUAUUUAGAUGAAAGUUAGGGAGGGAUGACAGACUGCCUGCUGAGGUUUGCCCCCUCCCCUCAGCCUGGUAAAAAUCUAAGAACCCAUAUUUCUAGGUACAUUCCUCCACAGGGAAGCCCCCAAAACAAUGGUCCUACCUGGCCUUAGUCUGAGUUUCUAAGUACAUAAAUAUAUGGUGACUUGGUAGAAAUUUUUUUGAAUAAAUGGGAAAGGGAUGUACAAUCUUCUGUCAAUGUUGAGGGUAAAGCAGCAGGUAUUUGCUUGUAUGAAUUAUGGAAGCUACUGUACUGUACUGUACUGAUUAAAUACACGAUAGCAGGUGCCUAGGUAAUUUUCCUUUUUGUUCAACCUGGCACUUCCUGGAACCUACUUUUAAACAGGAAAUGGUUUCUAUUAACAUGUCUAUUGGGGGCAAAUAAUUAUCUUGAUUUUAUAGGUUUUUAACCCUAUAUACAUAUUUUGAAUUUACUCCCAAUUCCUCACUGUAGGCAGUCACCUUUACUAACCAAAGCCAAUUUUGGCUCACAAAAAAUAGGCAGAAAAGGUCCAUCCAGAACCAUUUCAUAAUUGCCCUGGGCUAUAUACUCUCCAUUCUGAACCGAGGUGGACAAACCCAACUUGGGCAGCGGUAAUAGGCAAAGGAGCCAUAUCAGUCAAAUGUGCCUUGCCUUGUGACAGUAAAAAAAGCCCCCACUGCAGUCACAAAACAAAGGUUGCCAUGUGAUCAGUGGAGACCAACCUUGUCCGUGUCAUGCUCCAGGUGUACAUGAGUGUUCUAUGCCCCAGCGGAGGCAGAGCCCUUCCCUUCGUUCUAUUAUGUGCUGAUGUGCUUGUUGCCUGAAACUGGAUGCUACCUUUAACUGAAACCCAGAAAGUUUAUAAGCCUACGUGUGCACAUCCUUUCAGAUGCAUGUAUUCACAAGGUCUUCCUCAGCACCUGCAGCAAAGCUUUACAAGGGCUUCAGAGAACUCAAAAUUUGAUUUGUUUGCAGGGUUCUCAUAAGGAAGAGCAGGCCAGGCCACACAGCCCUGGGUGUUUACUCCAAACACUGUUAAGAGGGGGCUUAAUAUGACCUUGCCACUGCUUUUUUACUGUCACAAGGCAGGGCACAUUUGACUGAUAGACAUGGGCUUGGUUACAGUGUACCAGAGGGAGACCUGGAGUCUUCUAGUUCCUACACAACAUUAACAGAAAUGUUUUUUUUUUUUUUUUUUUCUCCAUCACGGGCAUGGAUCAAAACUACCGGGCUUCUGUAUUCCUGCAUACACUAUGGCCCACAGAAAAUUCCAUGCAAUGAUAUAAACUGUGUAAACUCCUUUAGAGCUGCCAGGAGUUAAGGAUGUGUAUCAUGAACAAAGUGAAGUGUAGAAAAAAAAAAGCAUGAAGACAGAAACGGAACCCCUGCUUCGCUCUUAUUGGUCCAAAGACUUCGUUCUAUUUGUGCUUUCAGUGUUAAAUGUUUAAUUGGGAAUAUGUCCAGUCAUUAUAUGUACACAGUGCCCUAAGUAAAAACAAUAUACAGUGUCACCUACUGAACUACACUUAGUGUUUUUAGAGCCCAACAGAGAACAGAUUCUUUGGUGGCUAAAAUUUCGGCACUGGUCUUCAUUAGGGUACAGUCCUAGCAGUGGUGAGGACAGGCAUGGGUCCUAGAGCUUAAGCAGCAGUACUUUCCUCCUGCGGUACGCUGCAGAUACAAUUGUGGAAGAGAUUAGCAACUGAUCUUGUUUAGCCAAUGGAACCUAUGAGACUUAAGUGUCGAAGAAUGACAGAGCGGCACCUUGGCCACAGCUUGCGAACUCUUUGUAAAGCCGGAAUGGCUUGCUACAAAACCCACCCCUACCCUCUAAGUGUUCAUGCAAUCGGACUCCUAAGUUUACAUAGGUCAGCUCUGAACCCAUGGCCUCCAGUUUCAAUUGAUUUUCUAAUUACCUUUGUGUUCCUCUGUGAUGCUGUGACCCCGGCGUAACUGAGCACGCUUGUAGAGAGGAAUAUAUUUUCACAUACGGGCAAGCAUUACAAUUUUGGUAAUCCAAUAUAACUAAUACAUUGUCGGAUAUUUUGAAGAUGUGUUCAAAAAGGGAAAAAAAAAGCUGCAUCCCAGAAACAAGAGCCACUACUGGGUGACAAGACCCUUUGAUAAUUACCCCAAGUGUCUGCUCAGCAGCACGGAGCAGGUUCUGUAGAGAACUCCAUACUCACGUAGAUGCUCUGCUGCUCCCUCUUCUGGGGAUGAACUGUGGAAGAGGUGGUUUGCAGAGUCCACAGCGGUUUUUCUUUUGCAGUGCUCCUGUCAGGACGCCUACCUUCAAGAGCCCGGUCACCUGAGUUUGUUAGUACCUGAUGCAGAGAUUACCAAUGUUCACUUCUAUUUCUAAUCUGCUUUUAGACAUAAUGUUAACUUGCUUUGCAUGAAUUUUAACUUUUUUUAUUCAUCGGAAAUGUGCUUUCUAUACCACUUGAAUUAGAAAAUCCUGCUUGAAUGUACUGUUCCUAAGCACAUGUGACUGUCUGCACCUGUCAGUACUGUCCCGCCUGUAUGGAAAGCGUCAUUUUAAGGUGGCUACUACACACUGUACUAUACCUUGUAAUUUUUAGGCUCACUUGUAGCUUUAAAUGUUUCCAGAUGCCUUUAGUUUUUAGCUGCUGUAAAAUAGCUAAUUUGUGUUAUUUGAUAUAGAAUUGUUUAAAAAAAAAAACUCCAUUUAUUUAUACAGAGACAUUUAUAAUA